ACGUUCGUAAAAGUGAGGUACGUGUACGAUACAUCGCGAUCUCUCGCUCGGCCGAUUACCCCGGAACUACUUGUGGAACGCAGCGUUCGAAGACACACAUGUCACCGGCAGCAGGCGCAAUGCACUCGAAUGUUGCGACGACGAGCGUCGUAGCUCGGGUGUUGGUGGAAUGCGGUCCAACUUGGGCGAUACACAACAUCGAGAGAAAAGUAGCAUCCAUCAUCAUCAGCGUAAUCGUAUAAAAGCGAUUCGAACACUCAUAAUGACAUUGAAUUUUCACGAGUGCGCAUCGUAUCUCUGUGAUUUUAUCAUCGAGGUGUCCCUCGUACGCCGUCAGAGAAGAAUCGUACCAAGACAGACCACCUUGAAGAUAUACCGUUCGUCGUCGUCGUCGUCGAGUCUUCUUACCUUAUAUCUCUUCCCGAUUAAGAAUCCACCGAAAGCCUGGUACUCGCGAAACGAAAAAUGGACGUGGCCGAAAUGUUGAACGAAUUGGAGAGGAAUUCCGAAAUCCCGAAAAACGAGGAAGAAGCCCUGCUCCUUAUCAAAAUCAUCGCCAUCGAAAAAGAACGAAUUGAGAGAGAAAAGAACGAGGCUUUGAACAAACUCGAUCUCGAGCUGCUCGACUCUCAAACGCCCUCGACAACCAACAGCGAACACGAAAUGCCCGUUACUCACUCAGAGGCGAACACAGAUUUGAACAAGCGCGAAGCGGUCCCCUGCCAUUUCGAAGAAAAUCGAAAAAAUUUGGGUCGUCCGACGGAUGAAAACGACGAAAGUCUCGCAGCUCCGAGCGACAAUGAUGAUUCGAGCCUCGACGACGAUUACGAAGAACCUGAUUACGUCCAAGACAAAAUCUACGAUUUCGAUGACAAAAAGCAUGGGAUUAGAAUGACAGAAAAACUGAUAAAGGAUCAUUGCAAAAAAGAGCGCCUUUAUCAGACUCCCCACCUGAACGACGUUUUGUUCCUGCACUACAAAGGCUUCUCCUUCAUCGAAAACCUCAUGAAAUACACGGGUCUGAAGACCUUGUGGCUGGAGAACAAUGGUAUUCAAGAAUUAGCGAAUCUGGACAACCAGAAAGAGCUCAAGUGUCUUUAUCUCCAUCACAAUCUCAUAAGCAAAAUCGAGAAUCUCGAGGCUCUCAGUAAACUCGACACGCUCAAUCUGUCCUACAAUACCAUACGGAAAAUCGAAAAUCUCGAUCAACUGAAGCACCUCAAUACGCUCAAUCUAGCGCACAAUUAUUUACAAAGCCUCGAAGACAUCGAACAUCUUCGGUUGCUCGAAGCUCUCUCGAUCCUCGACCUUUCACACAAUCGUCUCGACGAGCCAGUUGGCGUUACCGAGGUUCUGAGCUCCAUGAGAUCUUUGAGCGUAGUGACUUUGACCGGAAAUCCGGUCGUCAAAUGCAUCGCGAAUUAUCGAAAAACCAUGAUUUUGGGCUGCAAGAAGCUUCAUUACCUCGACGAGAGACCAGUUUUUCCGAGAGACCGUGCUUGUGCCGAAGCUUGGGAACGGGGAGGACACGAGGAAGAAAUGGCCGAGAGAAAGAGGUGGAUCGAAGCCGAGCAGCAAAAAAUCAACGAAAGUGUGCAAGCAUUGAUGAGAAAGCGAAAAAGCAUCGUGCCAGUUUACGAGGGAUCGGAGGAGAGUGCGAAGAUCGAGGAAGAUGCGUCCGAGGUUGAAGAAAGCAAAGAACUUUUGGUUCUUGAGAAUAAAUGCGCGAAGUCAGAAGCCCGGUUGGCAACGCCAUCGGACAGCGAAGGUUCGAGUGACGAUGAGAAGACCGAAGAAACUGAAAGAAUCAUGGAAAGCGAGGACGGUGCGAUUAGAAAAUUUGUCGAAGAAAUUCAAACGAUGGAGCACCGUCGGCCAGUCGUUUCCGAAGAAAACGUUCGAGUGGAAAAUUCCUCAGAAGCCAAAACCGUAACGAUCCGAAUCGAGGACGAUGAUAAAAAAUCAGGAGAAGCCGAAAUCGUGGGAGAUCCGGGGAUCGACGUGACGGAAAGCGAAGAAAUUUCAAUUCCAACCAAGUUGAGCGAGAUUCGUCAAGGGAUGAAAGACUUUCGCGACCAAAUGUGUAAAUUCGAUAAGGAAAAUAAAAUCGUUUACAAUAAAAACGGAGAAAUUGAACGUAUUUGGGGACACGAGAGCAUAUCAGAGUGGAAAAAUGCGAUCGAACCGAUGCCCGAUUCGUCGAGUUCACUUUCUUCGAACCUGAGGGUCGAAGAAGAAGCCUCCGAAAUUUUGGAAAAUCCAUUCAAAUUGACGGGAGAAUCACCAAAAUCGAGGAUUGUCGAAACCAUAAGAGCAACUAAAAGCGACGAGUCCAUCGGAAGAAAUCAUCAUUCCGCGGAUAAUCAAAUCCGAACAUCGUGCCAAGCAAUGACAGAAGGAAAGACUAUUCGUCCCGAAGAGUUGCUGUCAAAUGUCGAAAAUUUAUCAGAUUAUUCGAUUAAAAUCGAAGAAAGUAGAAUCAGCGAAGCAACUAAGCCGAUUGAAAGCCCCGGCGAUUGCCGAGUGUCGAAAAAAAGUUUAGAAAUGAUCUUGGCACUCGGUGGUGACGAAAAAAACGAAUAAAGUUAACGACUCGAUCGAGA